AUGGCCAUGCUGAGACGCUGCAUCAGUGAAAUGUCUGCUGUUGACUAUGAGGAGUCGGAGCAUCUACAGCUGCAAGCCAUGUGGGUAGUCAGCAUAGCAGACGUCUUGCAGAUAUCUGGGCCACCCACAGUGCACGAAGAGCUCCGUGCUGCGGGAAAGCUUGAGCGGAGUGCGCUAGCCAAGGGGUAUCUGUGGUUAGAUUGGUUCAGCAUCCCGCAGCAGCGCGGGAGAACCAAAGAUCGACGCUCUUCGGUGAUUUCCAUCCCAUCCUACGUCGACUCCUGCAACAUCUUCCUUGCUUUGGUCCCUCCACUGAGGCAUUCGGACUCAGGAAAGCUUUGCGAUUACGAGUCGUGGCUGGAGCGGGGUUGGUGCAGGGCCGCUGGAGCUGAUUUGGAGAUUUUUUCUUUCCCCACACCUUUCUGUGGGGUUCUGGCCGAGCUUUGGUGCGCCCAGCUGUCCAACAAAGCAGACUUGCCCAUGGUGGUGGUGCACGCAGGGGAUGACGCAGAGGUCGCAAUGGCCAACCAUUGGAUCUAUGCACCUGUGCAGGAAGGAGUCUUCACUGUGGAUGCCGACCGCCACGGUGUCAACGAGUUCAUUCAGACAGCCUUGCAUGCACGCAUUGCAUACCUCACAAAGCACAAGCAGCAGCUGGAGUUGUGCCGGUAUCUCAAAGCCAGGUUGCACGAUUGGGUCGGACAACCCGACGUGCAGCGCCCGCCCGCUGCGUUUCUGUCCUACUUUGGGUUUAAAGAUAUGGCCCAAGCCAUCAGGACAUCGACCAUGGGUGGUAUGGCCUGCGCUGCUGUAUCGGGCGACGUGUCAAUGGUGCGAGCACUUGCAGACGCUAAGGCCUCUGUCAACACUUGCGGCCGAGUUUGCCGCUCGAUGUUAUCUGUCGGCGUGCUGGACUACCCACCCGUGCAUCUUGCCUUGCAACGUGGUGCCCGGGGUCAUGCUGUGGUGCUUGAGUUGUUGCGCCAGAGAGCAAGCCCCAACUCAACGAGUGGAGCGGGUCUCCCGUGCCUUGGGACUUGCCGUGAUGUCGCUUCCGUUGAGAUGCUGGUGCGCCAUGGUGCGGAUGUGAACUUGCGAGUUGGAAAGGUGUGGAACACCCCUAUAGCCUAUGCUUGCGCCAAGUUGGCACCUUUGGAAGUUACCAAGAAGCUGGUCGAACUGAAGGCGGAUGUCAACUUGUCCGUGACGCCCCUUUCGACCUUGGCCAUGUUUAGCCGAUGUGUGCCCAACCUGGCCAGGAGCACUGCAGACGUCUUGCUCCAGGCACGUGCAGACGUCAACCAGCCCGAGCGUCUCACGGGGCUUUACAGGGCCUUGGAGAUUGCGGGCAGAGUGCGAUUAUGUUUCGGAAGCCGAAGCAACUUAAGCUAUGUUUUCGGGGAGGGCAGCACGACACCCCUCGGCUGGGCAGCUACUUCAGACAACGCCGCACUAGUGGAGCUCCUCUUGUCUGCCAAGGCUGAUCCAGAUAUUCCCAACCGUCGAGGCCACACUCCCAGACAGCUGGCAGCACGCUUUCGCCGCGUUCGCAGCCUCUUCGCAUGCGCCGGACCCGGUGCAGUGGUCCAGGGCGUUCCUGCAAAGGGUGCCAUGAAGCUUCCCCAGUGUCCGCGGCUCGAAGAUGACGAUGCCGAUGACGUCAUGCGCACUGAUGAUCUGGAAAAUUCCAGGCGCAUCCGAUACGGGUGUUUGAGGCGCACUGAUGAUCUGGAAAAUUCCAGGCGCAUCCGAUACGGGUGUUUGAGGCAAGGCAAAGAGCCGCUAGCCUGGGAGUUUCUUAAUUUGUGCGCGGACGCGGUGUUGCGAAUCCAAAUGCCGCGGGUCACCGACGACUUCUUCCCAGAUGAUGCAGCGCCACAGGCAUGCCACACAUGCGCAUGCGCCUUCAGCGGCUUGUUCUUGUCUGAGCUCUUCAUCGGUGACUGGGACGUGAUCCUAGGCUCGGCGCUUCUCUGCAUUCUGGUCCUACCCUUCAUCUCGGGCUGCGAACACUGGGCACCGUGGGCGUUGCAGACUGGCGAGACCAACUUGCAUCGGCAUCAGCUGCGUGGAGUUGAUGGAAGGAGGCUCAGGAGCACCGGGAGCGAAACUUUGUGCGUGGCGCGAGCCCUAGUCAUGGCCAUGCUGAGACGCUGCAUCAGUGAAAUGUCUGCUGUUGACUAUGAGGAGUCGGAGCAUCUACAGCUGCAAGCCAUGUGGGUAGUCAGCAUAGCAGAUGUGUUGCAGAUAUGUGGGCCACCCACAGUGCACGAAGAGCUCCGUGCUGCGGGAAAGCUUGUCAAACACCGUCCGGGCAUGUACUGUGUCUUUGUGUCUCACCAGUGGCUCGGACGGCACCAUCCAGAUGCAGAGGGCAAGCAGUUCCAGGUGCUGCAGCAGACGUUGCGAGGCUUCAUCGAGGGCACAUUGCCGGGUCAGUCAGACAUGGUAACGCAAUCCCUUUUGGGAGAUCGUGCCUUCUCUCGCCAGGAGCGGAGUGCGCUAGCCCAGGGGUAUCUGUGGUUAGAUUGGUUCAGCAUCCCGCAGCAGCGCGGGAGAACCAAAGAUCGACGCUCCUCGGUGAUCUCCAUCCCAUCCUACGUCGACUCCUGCAACAUCUUCCUUGCUUUGGUCCCUCCACUGAGGCAUUCGGAGUCAGGAAAGCUUUGCGAUUACGAGUCGUGGCUGGCCGAGCUUUGGUGCGCCCAGCUGUCCAACAAAGCAGACUUGCCCAUGGUGGUGGUGCACGCAGGGGAUGACGCAGAGGUCGCAAUGGCCAACCAUUGGAUCUAUGCACCUGUGCAGGAAGGAGUCUUCACUGUGGAUGCCGACCGCCACGGUGUCAACGAGUUCAUUCAGACAGCCCUGCAUGCACGCAUUGCAUACCUUACAAAGCACAAGCAGCAGCUGGAGUUGUGCCGGUAUCUCAAAGCCAGGUUGCACGAUUGGGUCGGACAACCCGACGCGCAGCGCCCGCCCGCUGCAUUUCUGUCCUACUUUGGGUUUAAAGAUAUGGCCCAAGCCAUCAGGACAUCGACCAUGGGUGGUAUGGCCUGCGCUGCUGUAUCGGGCGAUGUGUCAAUGGUGCGAGCACUUGCAGACGCUAAGGCCUCUGUCAACACUUGCGGCCGAGUUUGCCGCUCGAUGUUGUCUGUCGGUGUGAUGGACUACCCACCCGUGCAUCUUGCCUUGCAACGUGGUGCCCGGGGUCAUGCUGUGGUGCUUGAGUUGUUGCGCCAGAGAGCAAGCCCCAACUCAACGAGUGGAUUGGGUCUCCCGUGCCUUGGGACUUGCCGUGAUGUCGCUUCCGUUGAGAUGCUGGUGCACCACGGUGCGGAUGUGAACUUGCGAGUUGGAAAGGUGUGGAACACCCCUAUAGCCUAUGCUUGCGGCAAGUUGGCACCUUUGGAAGUUACCAAGAAGCUGGUCGAACUGAAGGCGGAUGUCAACUUGUCCGUGACGCCCCUUUCGACCUUGGCCAUAUUUAGCCGAGUUGUGCCCAACCUGGCCACGAGCACUGCAGACGUUUUGCUCCAGGCGCGUGCAGACUUCAACCAGCCCGAGCGACUCAUGGGCCAUUACAGGGCGUUGGAGAUUGCGGGCAGAGUGCAAUUAUGUUUCGGAAGCCGAAGCAACUUAAGCUAUGUUUUCGGGGAGGGCAGCACGACACCCCUCGGCUGGGCAGCUACUUCAGACAACGCCGCACUAGUGGAGCUCCUCUUGUCUGCCAAGGCUGAUCCAGAUAUUCCCAAUUGUCGAGGCCACACUCCCAGACAACUGGCAGCACGCUUUCGCCGCGUUCGCAGCCUCUUCGCAUCCGCCGGAUCCAGUGCAGUGGUCCAGGGCGUCCCUGCAAAGGGUGCCAUGAAGCUUCCCCAGUGUCUGCAGCUCGAGGAUGACGAUGCUGCUGACAUCAUUUCUUUUUGA